CUAGUCUCGGUUUGUUGUUGCGCGUGGCAAGAAGAAUGGUGACACAGAGGAAACGACCCAUGUAUAUUUCAAAAUAAGUGGUUUAUUCGCGAUCUUUUAUUGCCUGCAAGCGCGUAAUUAAAAACACAAUUUUAUUUUAUUCAGUGUUUCUUGUUUGCAACAAUUUGAUGUGAAAUACUGGGGGAAAAAAAGCGUCCAUUUGUUGUUAUUUACCUGACGCUCGUGCACACAGUACAUUUCAUUGUUUUAUAUCGUUUUUUUUUUGUUCGACUUUAAAUAAUCGGAUUCGAUCGAAGAUUGUCGAUGCUCUCGACUACACGAAACGUAUUAAAAUCGGCGUUCAAUAAUAAUUCAUUCAGUGUGUCAAUGUGAUCCAAUCAAACUAUAGUUUUUUUUUUCAUAAAAAAGUAUAUGCAAAAAAAUGUGUGAUUAUAUUAUUUGAUAGGCGCGUGUGUGAUUUCUAUUUAAAUUGUUCUUUUUUUUCGUGUGCUCAACAAUACAAAGAGAGAGAAAGAGAUAUGGCUAGCUCAUUAAAAUAGCCGAGAUUUUGUCCAAAUGGAAUAACUUAAAUGUUGUCAUACAGUGUUUGAGAUUCAUUGGAUUGGAUAAUAUUGUAAAGAUAUCAAAGAUGAUUCAACGCGACAAACGGCAACACAAGCGAUAAAUUAAUUGGUUUCGAUUCGAUAGUUCAUCCGGAAAUUCUUGUAAUCGAAAUGGUAUUUUCAACGAGAUAAAAAUAUAUUAUUAGCCAAUAAAAGGAUGACAAAAAAAUAAACUCGUAUAAAUUUGUUUACGUUAAUUUUUAAUGUUUAAAAAAAAAGAACAUGACACACAGUUCGGUCCCGAUCGCGUUGUAAUCAAUACCGAUGAAAUACGACCUAUGAUGAACAAAUCAACAGAAAAAUAUAUUACAUGACACAGAUGAGGACAAGAGGAAAACAAAAAAAUACAAAUCUGUGUCUUUAUCUAAUUGACGAAAUAAAUGUGGUAAAAACAAAGAUACGCUGACGAUCAACAAAAUAAAUAACAAAUCAUCAGAUUUUGUGUAUUUUAAUGCAAAAUCACAUUUUUAUUAUUUAUUUCGAAUAUUCAAAGCAACGAAGAAAAAAAAACAACAAAAACAACGAAUGACGAGUAAAUAUCGAUUCGAAAGUGAUACGGUGUAGCAAGUGUUUUAGUGUGCACAAGUUCCAAAACCCAAAGUCGAAAUCAGUAUAGCUGAAUAUCGUUUGAAUAAAUAUAGAAUUUUUGGAAACAGACCUGUCGCACCAAGGCUCACAUACACACGACAACACAGGCAAAUCCACGGAAGAGUCAAGUGCAAAAGUGAUAAAAAAAAUACUACACAUGUGAAUGCAAAGGCAUAACCAAAGUAAUAUUUAAUCUACAGACUGAACAAAAUGUAAGGAACAUAAUCGCAUGAUUCGCUGAACAUGAACAAAGCUUAAAAUCUCAUCAAAAUGAUUGUGACCUAGUUUGCGGACCAGACCGUACAUAAAUCAAUCGUAACCAGUGAAAAAUUAAAAUCAACUUAACGGAAAACGGAGAAUUGGGGGAGAAAAUACAACGAAAGCUGAUGAACCGCAACAAUAAAAGAACAAUGAGCCAGUACAAGUUGUUCGUGAUAUUUUUAUAUGUGAUCAGUAUAUGUGACAUACGAAUAAAUUGCCAAUCAAAUACUUCAACUGUGCAUCAUUUGAAACUUCAACGGAAGUCGAUCGUCAUCGCAAAUGGAAAGCGGCAAUUUUCAGCACCAAAAAUGAGUGGCAAUCUGUUUGAGCUAUUCUUUGGAGUGUUGCUACCGAAGGAUCCCACACCGAUCGGAUGCACAUACAGAGAGGCUCUACCAGCCAUGGAAUUGGCUAUUCGAAAGCUGCAACAACCCGGUGGACUGUUUGAAAACUAUACAAUUUGUGUUGAAUAUCGUGACACAAAAACAUCAUCGACGCAUGGCACCAUGGCUGCAUUUGAUCUCUAUACCAAACAAACUCAAGACGUCAUUUUCGGACCAUUCGAAUCUUAUUCAUUGGCACAAAUUGCUCGCUUUGCUGGCGUUUGGGAGACUCCUGUCAUAUCUGCAGGUGGAUUCAGCGAAGCAUUCACAAACAAAAAUUCUAUGGGAUUCACAACGUUAACACGAUUGAUCGGCAGUCCUGAGCAUGCCGGCAGCGCGUUUGCUGGCUUAUUUCGUCAAUUCAACUGGCAUCACAUCUCUUGGAUGUAUCACAAUCACAACGAAAACACCGGUCGCGGCAAUUCAGAUUGUUCGUUCACGAUGCGUGCCAUUCAAAAGCAUUUUCCAAAUAUCGUGCGCGGCCAAAUUUCAUUCGACGAGGAACUAGCGACACGAGAAGAGUUUCAAAAUAUGUUAAACGAUUUUCGAAAACAAUCAAGAAUUGUAAUGAUGUGUGCGAGCCCCGGAACAAUUAGAGAAAUUAUGUUGGCUGCCGAUGAUUUGAAAAUGAUCGAUAGCGGGGAAUAUGUUUUCUUUAACAUUGAGCUAUAUACUGGUAAACCUGCAACGAACACACAGCCUUGGUACAAUGCGUCAGACACGCCUGAAAAAAAUGAACGUGCGAAGAAAGCAUAUACCGCUUUGCUGACCGUUGUUGGAAAGCAAACAUUCGAUGACGAGUACGAGCAAUUUUCCCAAGAGCUCAAAGAGCUGGCGGCGACGAGCUACAAUUUUUCAUUUCCAAAAAAUCAAACCGUUUCAACAUUUGUGACGGCUUUUUACGACGCAGUAUUGUUGUACGCGUAUGCACUAAAUGACAGUAUUACGGCUAACCCGAACGCUUUGUACGAGCCAAUUAAUGGUACGCGACUAGCACAUCUGAUGUGGAAUCGCAAAUUCAAAGGAAUCACCGGCAAUGUAAUCAUUGACAAGAACGGUGACCGCAUCUCUGAAUACUCACUGCUUGACAUGGAUCCCGAUACCGGCUACUUUCAUGUCGUGGCUAAUUACCAUAAUCACAGUGGUUUGGAGUAUGUGAAGGGCAAAAAGAUACACUGGAGUGGAGGCAGAACUGAACCACCACCAGAUAAACCAGAAUGCGGUUUUGAUAAUUCAUUGUGUCCUUCUCUGCCCGGUUAUGCGAUUCUCUCGUUCGUUUUGGGUAUGGCGAUGGCGGUGAUGGCAAUCAUUUCUUUUUUUGGGUAUCGCCAUUACAAAUUGGAGGCGGAAAUAUAUUCCAUGGCAUGGAAGGUUUCCUGGAAUGAUGUAAUUCCCUGCAAUCAAAUCAAUAAGCAACGUGGCAGUGUCUACUCAAUAGCGAAACGAGGAAGUCAACUUACGGUUUAUUCGGAAGAAUUGGGUUCACUGGCUGGAGACAAACAAUUAUUUAUACCAUCAGGUUUUUAUAAAAGUUGCAAAGUGGCCAUCAAACGUAUCAACGAGAAAAAUAUUCACUUGAACCGAGAACAAAUGCUUGAACUUAAAAAGAUGAAAGAUAUUCAUCACGAGCACUUGGUCAAAUUUUACGGUGCAUGCGUUGAUCCGCCAAAUUGUUGCAUUCUAACUGAGUAUUGCCCCAAAGGAUCUCUACAAGAUAUUUUAGAAAAUGAUCAAAUCAAAUUGGACUGGAUGUUCAAAAUAUCGCUCAUGCAUGACAUCGUUCGAGGAAUGCAUUAUUUGCAUUCAACAGACAUUCGUUCACACGGCAAUUUGAAAUCAUCGAAUUGUGUGGUCGAUUCUCGGUUUGUGUUGAAAAUUGCUGAUUUUGGUUUACAUAGCCUGCGUAAAUCAAAUAAUGAUGAAGAUUCUGAGUAUUCAGAUAGUUAUGCCCAUUGGCGAAGUUUGCUUUGGACGGCACCAGAGCUGCUCCGUAUGAAAAAUCCUCCUGUUGAGGGCACACAAAAGGGUGAUAUUUAUUCGUUUGGUAUUAUUGUAAAUGAAAUUGCAACACGGCAAGGGCCAUUUUAUACGGGCAACAACUAUAUCACACCAAAAGAAAUCAUUGAACUCGUAAAACGGACGCCACCACAAUUUGGUGCGCCAUUCCGGCCGACAAUAAACGAUCAAACAUUCGACGAUUUGAACAAUAUCAUGACAAAAUGCUGGAAAGAAGAUCCAAACGAACGACCCGAUUUCAGUCUUCUAAAGGCGACCAUUCGCAAAGUCAAUAAAGAAAAUGAAACGGGAAAUAUAGUGGAUAAUUUGUUGAAGCGUAUGGAACAAUAUGCCAAUAAUUUGGAAGGUUUAGUAGAAGAGAGGACUCAAGACUAUUUAGAAGAGAAGCGAAAAUGUGAAGAGUUGCUGUAUCAAUUGUUGCCCAAGUCGGUGGCAGCGCAACUGAUUCUCGGCAAGCCGGUCAUUGCUGAGGUGUUUGAACAAGUAACAAUCUAUUUUAGUGAUGUUGUGGGCUUCACUCAUCUAUCAGCAGCAUCAACACCAAUGCAAGUUGUUGAUUUACUCAAUGAUCUGUACACAUGCUUCGACUCGAUCACAGAAAAUUUCGACGUUUACAAAGUGGAGACAAUUGGUGAUGCUUAUAUGAUGGUGUCUGGAUUGCCAGUGAGAAAUGGUGAUAAUCAUGCUCGAGAAAUUGCGCGGACGGCAAUCGCUCUGCUUAACAAUGUGUAUAAAUUCAAAAUUCGACAUCGACCAAACGAACAACUUAAGCUGCGCAUUGGCAUCCAUUCAGGUCCUUGCGUAGCGGGUGUGGUUGGUUUAAAAAUGCCACGGUAUUGUUUGUUUGGCGAUACCGUCAAUACAGCAUCCCGCAUGGAAUCGAAUGGUGAACCGCUAAAGAUUCACAUAAGUCAAAGUACAAAAACGAUUCUCGAUAAAUUUGGAACGUUCGAUAUCAGUGAACGCGGCCUGGUUGAAAUGAAAGGAAAAGGUAAACUGCGUACUUAUUGGUUGAACGGCGAACAACAUUCUGAGCUAUACACAAGUACAUUGAACAAUUCAACGGCACCAGCUAUUACACCAAACUAUGACAAACCCAAGGACAAAGAUCCAUUGGCAUUGCUGCGAACGGGAAUCAUGCGAAGUCGUUCAAAUUCGUUGAUUCCACCAAAUGAUCUAAAAAGUCGUUCAAAUUCACUAGUAUUACUGACACCAACCUCAACGUCACACACCGUUGACAAAACCAAUCAAAAUGCGGCCACAAUCACGGCAGCCGGAUCAGUGGGCAAUACGGUUGCAUUUGUGAACGCAUUGACCAACAACAAUCAAUCCAUUUUGAAUAACUUAGUAAAGACAAAUAACCUAAAGAAUUGUAAUCUAUCGAACAGUAGCAAUAAGUUGAAAAUUAAUAAUAAUGUGAGUGUAGAGGAUAAUGGACGAAGCGUGACAAUACCACUGCUGGCGAACAGUAAGUCAUAGCAAGAGGACAGUGGUCGUCAACAGGAGCAUAAAAUGUAGGUAUUUGACGCUCGUGAGUAGGGAAAUGCUUUCGUCGUUUGACUACAAAUUCCACUUAAUCUCAAGUGGCCGUUGAUUAAUUUGCACAUUUUCUCCAUGCAUUUAGUCACUGGUCCGCUUCAUACAAACACAAACAAACUGUUGAUGAACUGUGAAAUAUAUCUAGCAUCUAUUUACUUAACAAUACGAUACACAUCCCCAAACAAACACAUACACUCAAUCCAAUUUCGAGAGACUGUUUUCAAUGAUAUAUAUAUAUAUAGAUGUUUAUUCCAAUUUUAUCAUAAAAUUGAAUUGAAUUAGUCGUUAAACAUACAAUAUAUUGUGUAUAUAUUGCAAAAGGAAGUUGUAUGCUAAGGAGAACAAACUCAUGGUUAUUGUUAUCGAAAAAAAGGCCUAGCUAUUAAAUUAUAUAUACAUGUAUUAUGCAGAAUUUUCUCUUUUUCAACUGACAAAAUGAUUCACACAUUCGCUUUGUUUCAAUGUCACGCAGAUUUAUACAUUUAAAUGUUGAAUAUAGAUAAAUAAAGAGAAAACAAUUUAAUUUGAA